AGCAGCGUAGAGUGCGUCGACGGACGAUAAAGAGUGAUAGGAGGAGGUGGUGGGGAGGACAGCCAUUCGAAGCCUCUUGGUUCCUCCUGAGUCUCUCCGCUUCCUCCUUCGAGCAGUUCUCCGGAGACGAGAUCUUCGAUAGGAGUUCUUUUUCGUCCGAUCAUGGUGUUCUUGCUCCUCGUGUAACGAUCAUUCAGUUGAAUCGCGUGCCGGUUCGAGCUGGGAAAUGGAUCGCUGUUGGCUUCUGGUGAUUGUUUCAAUCGGAUGGAUCUUUGGAGCUAUUGAUGCCAGCGAGGGCGACGCUGAUCCGCUCUACAGAGAAUGUAUCGAACAAUGUGAAAAGAAAGGAUCUGUUGGAGCCAGCUCAAUUCAGCACUGCCAGUUUCUGUCUGACGGUGUACUUGUUGACAGUCCGUGGUAUAUGCAAGAGCCACUAUAUGUUCAGUGGAAACAGUGUAAUUGUAGGAGCGACUGUCAAUACUUUUGUAUGAUGCAACAAGAAAAAGAAAGGGAGGCACUUGGUCUCAAACCUGUUAAGUAUCAUGGUAAAUGGCCUUUUAAGCGAUCUUCUGUGCUUCAGGAGCCUGUUUCUGCUAUCCUCUCUGCAUUAACUCUUGUCGUCCAGUUUAAUGGAUGGUUGUCUUUUUUCCUUCUAGCAUAUUACAAGCUCCCCCUUAGGCCCCACAGUGGGAAGACAUACUAUGAGUUCACUUGCUUGUGGCAUAUAUAUGGGCUGUUAUCCAUGAAUGCCUGGUUCUGGGGUGCCAUAUUUCAUACUCGAGGUUUUGAUUUGACAGAGAAGCUGGAUUAUUCAUCAUCCGUGGCUUUACUUGGGUUCUCCCUCAUUCUGGCUGUACUGCGAACAUUUAAUGUGAAGAAUGAGGCUUCAAGAGUAAUGGUUGCUGCCCCCCUGUUGGCCUUUCUGACGACACAUAUCCUAUAUCUCAACUUCUAUGAACUGGACUACGGUCUUAACGUGAAAGUUUGCAUCACCAUGGGCAUUGCUCAGGUGCUCUUCUGGGCAGUCUGGGCCGGGAUAACUCAUCAUCCAUCGCGCUUCAAGAUAUGGGCGGUUGUCGUUGGUGGUGCCAUGGCUAUUCUUCUGGAGCUGUACGACUUUCCACCUUACAAGGGUUACGUCGAUUCCCAUGCACUGUGGCAUGCCACCAACAUCCCUCUUGCAUAUCUCUGGUGGAGCUUCGUCUACGAAGAUGCCAAGUUCCGGACAUCAACUAUCACGAAGAAAUCUAGGUAAGAGUUAGCAAAGAGCUUACGAAACCCAUUGCCCUUUCUUGACCGAUUGAGAUGUAAUUGUUCUUUUAAUUGUCUUUUUCUAUAUCGUUUUGUUGAUAGGUGAAGAAUGUUCUAUUUUUUUUCCCUUUGCUUUUCAGUUUUCAUUCUUCCUUCGGGUUGAUGUCCAAAAAAUUCCUUUGAGAAACUCGUGGCAUUGUACUGUACUUGGCCCUUAUUGAUGGCGACAUAUAUUCUUUUGAUGUC